ACCAGGGAGAGAGUCCAGGGAUUUUGAGGCGAAUAUUAUUCGGUUUUUAACAUUCUUAUUAAUUGAUGGUGACACUUGCAAGUAGUUGAUGUUGCUUAUCUAUAACAUCCCCUUGAAUGUAAGAAGAGAGAAGCCACACCCUCUCACUGACUUCAGCUCCCUGGGGAUAAUUAACUACAGCACUGACUGCCUCCUCUCAGACUGGCAGUGCCCGCAGGUGCAGCAACUUGGAGCUGGGGGCCACAGUUGCCUUUCGCUGCCAGCAGGACUGGAAUUGGGACAAGCGUCGACCGUGACUACCAGCUCUGGGCAUCUCGACAGAGUAUGGUGAGAGACAGUGGUUGCCAUGGAGCUACAGGAUAAGAAACAGGAGGAGGAGGCGACUCCACUGGGACUGUCCACUGCUCAGGCUCUGUGCACACUACGGGACCAACUAACAAUCUUACUGGGGCAACACCAAAAAUGUAUCAGGCACAGAUCCACCAUAAGGGAGCUGUGGGCUAAGAGCUUCCUUCACCAUGACAACCGGCACUCAUGCUUCCAUUGGCCAGGAGCUGUUCUCACACUGGUUGUGGUGGUUGGACUGUUGUGUUGUCAUGGCAGCCAGCCAAAGGGCAGUCAGGGCAUAGAGCUGGUGAAUGCGGGUGCACUCUUCCUCCUACUGCUGUUGAACCUCUUCCUUAUUGGGCAGCAGCAGAGGCUACGGACGAGUGAGAUGGCGCGGAGGCUCAAAUCCAUCAUCUCGCAGCUAAAUGAUUAUUUGGAGAGAAGUGCAGGACAUCCAAUCAGAUGGGCCCCCUCGCUGUACCCUGAUCUCUUCACUCCCACCUCCCCUUCAUGGUCACUGCACUGGACAUACAGAGACGAGCAACUGGUCAAUCUGCCUGUCAGUCUGCUGGUGGAGGGUGAUGUCAUUGCUCUAAGACCAGGCCAGGAAGCCUUUAUAUCUCUCAGAGGAAUCAAGGAUGACGAACACAUCGUGUUGGAGCCAGGAGACCUUUUUCCACCCUUCUCCCCUCCCCCUUCCCCACAUGGUAAUGAACGGAGGGGCCCCCACAGUCCUCAGCAGUACCGCCUCUUCAGGGUGGUAGCGACACCUAUACUCGACUGUGUCAGGAACAGUCUUGACCUGGCUCUCUCUCGCCCAAUCACAGCACUUGAUAAUGAACGGUUCACAGUGCAGUCCAUUAUUUCCAAAUUCGCCUGCCCUGCUGUUUUGGUGGCCUUUUUUUCAAUUAACACGAUUCGUUACUUUUGUGACACUCCUGGUCUCACCCCUGGACCCUUCAACUUCCUUCAGUUGCAGAUGAUGGGUGUAUUGCCUAUUUUACCCCUUUUGUUUCCUGUCAUGUGGGUUCUGGUUAAUGCAUAUGGAGAGGCACGUGUGUUAGCCGUGUCCAACAGGAACUCUCCCACUGGCCUGCUUGCUAAGUUCUCUGAGGACACUCUAAGCAGCUACACGGAAGUGGUGUCCUCCCAGGAAAUGCUACGCUUUGUGUGGAGAAACCUGGUCAGUGUGUUGAAUGGAGAGUCUCGGACCCUCUGUUACACCUCCAGUCUGCUGCACUUGUUGGGCUCAGUCACUGUGCUGUGCUGUGUGGAUAAGCAGGGCAUUCUUUCCUGGCCCAACCCCAGUCCCGAGACCGUGCUAUUUUUCAGUGGACAAGUCGAACCUCCUCAUGACAGACAGAAUGACCUCGGAGACAACCUGUCAGUCAACUCCCUCUGCCAGACAGAGGGCAACGUGGAACGAGAUGAGUCUCAGGAAGGCGAAGCUCUGCUGCAUUUACCUGCAUUUGAACCCUCAUUCCACAUGGCCGAGCAUGAGCCCAGUGAGAUGUCACAUAACACCGCCCGUACUUCAGACACACAAUGCCCACGGCGAGCGCCCCAAACCACCCGCUCCAAACACCCGUCUGGCUCCAAUGUCAGCUUCAGCCAUGAUAAAGAGGGUGGAGAGGACAAUAUUGUGCAGCCAUGCAGUGUAGUUGAUGAUCUGUGUGAAGCAGAAGAUUUUGUGUGUGACUAUCAUCUGGAGAUGUUGAGCCUGUCCCAGGAUCAGCAGAACCCUGUCAGCAUCCAGUUUGAUGACUUGGGCUGGCAAAAUCACCUGUCCUCUUUGAAGCCCCUUGGCCUGAACAUCCUGCUGAACUUGUGCAAUUCCACAGUCACCCAGCAGCUCUGCCGAUUCUCUGACCACCUUUCCAACUUGGUACUGCAGGAAUGCCAUGGGACCGUUCUGCCAGUACACAUUCCCUGGGGCCUCUGCGAACUCUCUCGCCUUAUAGGUUUCACUCCAGGAGCAAGAGAACUGUUUAAGCACGAGAAUCAUCUGACUCUGUACCAACUCCCUUCUGGAGAGCAGGCCAAAGAAUCCGCACCACGACGAGUCCAUCACUUCACUAAACGCCAGCCACCCAUCAGUCAUCUCAUCAGCCUGUUCGUCAGGGACAGCACUACCGACAAUGUUCAGAUGCUGUCUCACGGCUCGGCCGACCUCAUCCUGGAAUCCUGCACUGAUUUCUGGGACGGGGCAGACAUCUAUCCGCUGUCUGGUUCCGAUAGGAAAAAGGUUCUAGAUUUCUACCAACGUGCCUGUCUGGCAGGAUAUUGUUCUGCAUUUGCCUAUAAGCCUAUGCAGGUGGCAUUGUCCAGCCAGCUCAAUGGCAAGUGUGUGGAGUUGGCUCAGGGCCCCGCACUUUUCUCAGGGGUGGAGCUCCCCGGCACGACCCCCAUCAAGCACGGAAGCCGCAGGAACAGCUGGAGCUCUGAUGAGGGUAUUGGUGAAGGUCUUGAGAAGGAAGACUGUGUUCAGGCUCUGAGCGGGCAGAUCUUCAUGGGGAUGGUGUCAUCCCAGUUCCAGGCCCGACUGGACACAGUGCGGCUCAUUGAGAACCUGGUGGUAGCCUGCAUCCGCUUUGUGUAUUUCUCCAUGGAGGACGAGCUACGCAGUAAAGUUUUUGCUGAGAAGAUGGGUUUGGAGACAGGCUGGAACUGUCACAUCUCUCUGACCCCAAAUGGAGAUGGUCACUGUGAAGGUGCUCCAUCCAGCCCUAGCCAGGCGGGAUAUCUACAUGAUGACCUUCUGCAAGAUUCUCGUGAUGACGCAGAAGGUCCUCUACUGCCAGAGGAUCAGUCAGAUCUUGCAAGCUUCCAGCCUACUGACAGUGAUGUGCCAGGUUUCCUAGAAGACUGCAACAGAGCCAAACUGCCUCGUGGCAUCCACCAAGUUCGUCCUCAUUUAAAGAACAUGGACAAUGUGCCUCUACUGGUGCCCCUGUUCACAGACUGCACCCCUGAAACAAUGUGUGAAAUGAUGAAGAUCAUGCAGGAGAACAGAGAAGUAACGUGCUGUUUGGGGAGCUCUGCCAAUUUUCGAAACAGCUGCCUGUUCCUGCAGAGUGACAUCAGUAUUUCUCUGGAUCCUCUGUACUUGUCGCAGUGCUCGUGGGAGACGUUUGGGUACGCUGCAGGCUGUGGGCUGAAUAGAGACUGUGAUGAACUCUCUCCACUGGAGCUCAGUGCUCGCCUCAACAGUCUAGCCUGCUCUCUGUCCUUCCAUCAGGGGGAGAGUGUCAGUGUGGUCAAACUCAUAGAGCAGGCGAGACAUACCACCUACGGCAUUCGCAAGUGCUUCCUCUUCUUACUGCAGUGUCAGCUGACCUUGGUCAUCAUUCAGUUCCUGGCCUGCCUUAUUCAACUGCCCCCUCCCAUGAACAUCACAGAUAUUCUGUGGCUUUCCUGCUUCUGUUACCCCCUGCUAAGCGUGUCCUUCCUGGGAAAACCUCCUGACAGCUCCGUGAUGACAGACGCUACUGGAAAGAAUCUUAACUCCAUACCACGCAAGACGCAGCAGUACUUCCUGGGCUGGUUCCUGUUGAAGUUUGGUCUGACGAUGUUGACCUACUUAGUCGGCUUUGGAUUUUCUCUACAGGAAGUGUGUAGAGUAGCGAACCUCACAGACACUGAAAACAACAGCACCCUCACCUGCUCCCAUAUAUUCACUUCUAGUUCCCAGGAUGCCCUUCAGUGGUUUGGUGAAUUGUCCAAUGGGCUGCUUCUAAUUCAGAAGAUCAUGGCAGGUUUCCUGGCUCUGCAUACAGUGGUCAUCUCCCUGAGCUAUGUGCAUCGUUCCCAGCCCUUGUGGAGAAAGAACCCGUUCAGUAACACAUGGUGGUGCCUCACAGUGCCUGUGGUAUUGUUGGGGCAGGUAGUGCAAGCUGUGGUAGAUUAUCAUUUGUGGCAGGACAGCAAUAUAGAGAUCUUCACACUAAGUGAUAUUCCCUUGGAGGUCUGGCUGUUGGUGUCUCUGUCCAUUGUACUUGUGGUGCUAAUCAAUGAAGCAGUAAAACUGCAUGAAAUCAGGGUACGAGUGCGUUACCAGAAGAGGCAAAAACUUCAGUUUGAGACCAAACUGGGGAUGAACUCUCCCUUCUGAGCUGUGUCUGCCCGGAGACUGCAUGGUUCUACACUUUGGCUUCUGUGGCGUUUAUCUUAUUCCUUAGUGGAGAAGAUGAAGAUGAGCGGAGCUCUUCCUGCCACACCUUUUAAUGGGUUGAACACUUUUUCUGCCAAAAAGGCCACUGAGGGCUGUGAUUUUUAAUCAGCGAAAUCCUGAAAUCUCUUUGAUUUAGGCUUUACUCAAAGUAAAGAUUUUAUCUUUGUUGUUUGAGGGAUGUUCUCAUGCAUGCUGCUUUGAGUUUGGACAGGGUAAUUUAUUGGAGGGAUUUUUUACAAAUGAGGCAAUUUCUUUAUCCUACUCAAACCCUCAAACCAUAACACAUAAUGGAGGGCUAAAUUAGCAUGAUUUAUUUUUCCUCUUUCUAUCGAUAACAUUUUAGUAGCUGUUGUCAAAUGAAAAUGUUAUCGAUUUACUUUCUGUUCAGUCUAAUGUAGAAGAUAGACAAUAUUAACUGCUCAAGUUGAGCUUUAGCUGUCUGUAUUCGUAUUUGGUUCUUUAUAACAUCCUCCUGAGAGUUUGCAUUUAAUUUACUGUCUACCACAUAAAGAUCUUGUUGCAGCCUGUUUUGACAGGUUAUAAUGUGAAUGUCAUCUCUUUGACUUACCUCAUACUCUAAAGCAUACAGGGGAAAUAAUUUACACAUUAAGAGCAUAUGAGAAUGCUAAUUGGAUGUUUUAUUUGUAUUUUUUGCAAGCCAGAACAUCUUGGCUGAGAAGUUUAGCCUCCAGUAUCAAAUGCAGACAUUGUGAGACUGUGCAAAUCCUUAUUACAGACUGUAUAUAAACACAUGACUGAAUAAAAUCAAUCAUAUUUCUUUUCCUCAUACAAAUCAAUAUUAGAGGCCUAUCGGUGAACACAUACUCACUAUUUCUGAAUGGCUGGAAUCCUUUGGGCAGUUUUGAUCUUAGUUUUUAGAUUUUAUCCUACAUUUAACUAACUUUUUUUUUUUUUUUUUAGAUAUUAAAAAGCUGAGCCCUUAAAAUAUACUUUACUCAAACAUUAUAAUUCUCUCAUCAUUUACUCAUCCUUAUGCCAUCACAAACUGUAUGACUUUCUUCUGCAGAAUACAAACAAACAUAUUUUGAUAGAGAUGAGAGUUUUUGUCCAUAUGAUGCUAGUCAAUGGGGUCCAAAAUGUUCAAUAUGGCAAGAUUUUUAGUGGAAAAUGGAGUUACAUUUUAAUCCAUUUCUCACACAAAACCGAUCUUAUUGCUUCAGAAGACAUGGAUUAACCCACUCUAGUCGUAUGAAUUACUUUUAUACUGACUUUGUUUUUGUUUUCGGAGCUUGGAAUUGUUGGACCCCAUUGAUAAAAACAAUCUUCAUUAAGAUAUAUUUGUUUGUGCUCCAUAGAGGAGAGAAUGUCAUAGGAGUUUGAGACUGCAUAAGGGUGAGUAAAUGAGGGGAUUAUCAUUUUUAGGUGAAUUAUUCCUUUUAACAAGUUCAAUUAAAACAGCAAAGAUUAUCAGAUGAAGCAAGAAAUUUCAGCAAUUGAAUGUUUCAACUCUAAUGGUUAUUGUUCUAUCUACAAAUACAAUGUGUUUUAAAUAUAUUGACAUAUGCAAUUGUCAACCAGAAUGCAUUAAAUUCUUUUAAA